AUGUCCGCCUCCGCCGAGCCCACCUCUUCGCGUCAACCGACGGCGCAGGUCCGCGGGAGCCUCAUCCCGGCGCUUCCAGACGACUUGGCCGUCCACUGCAUCGCGCUCCUGCCGCGCGCCGCGCACCCAUCCCUGGCCCUCGUCUCCCGCGCGUUCCACACCCUCAUGUGCCGCCACCCGGAGCCCCUCCUCGCCGCGCGCCGCGCCCUCCGCCGCUCCGAGCCCCACAUCCUCCUCUCCCUCCGUCCACCCUCCUCCGCGUCCCCUCUCUUCUUCCUCCUGCUCCCGAACCCCGGGUGGCCCCCUCUUCCGCUUCCCUCCCCUCCGAUCCCCGUCUCGUCCUCGGCGUCCGCCGCCACCGACGGGAACCGGCUCUUCCUCGUCGGCGGAUCCGUGUCCGCGGUCCCCGCUGCGUCCGUGCAGAUACUGGAUCCCCGGGCCAGAUCCUGGUCCGUCGGCCCGCGCCUGUCCUCUACGCGGGAGUUCGCCGCGGCCGUCGCGCACUCCGGCGUGCUGUUCGUCGCCGGCGGCUGCGUCCCGUCGUCCCCCUUCUGGGCCGAGGCUCUCGACCUCUCCACCCCGCACGCCAAGUGGAGAGCUGUCGCCAGCCCGGCCCACCUCCGCGAGAAGUGGAUGCACGGCUGCGCGUCGCUCGCCGGGAAGGUCCUUGCGGUGGCGGACCGUGGCGGCUUGGCCUACGAUCCUAAGGCGCCACCUGCGGAGGCGUGGGCGCCGGUGUCGCCGGUGCUUGACAUGGGAUGGAAGGGCCGAGCUGCGGUGGUUGAAGGAAUCCUCUACUCUUACGACUACCUGGGGCAGGUCAAGGGCUAUGAUCCAGACACUGAUUCGUGGAGCACAGUGGAGGGGUUGGAGAGGGAGCUACCGAAGUUCUUGUGCGGCGCCACACUUGCCAAUGUUGGAGGAUUGCUCUACUUGGUUUGGGAAGGGAAGUGGAAAGGGAAAGGAAAAGGAAAAGGCAAUGGGGAAGUGAGGAGCAUGGUGGUGAUCGAAUGGGCAAGCAUUCGGAUUACAAGGGUCGAUGAGGGACGGCUAAGAGGAAAGGUGGUCUCUAGGGACACUAUUCUGUUCCUGGAUGUGCCAAGAGUUGCAGAUAUCACCGUGGUGGUGUCACCAGUGAUUAAUGCUUCUACUAGAGGUGAUCCAGAUAGAUGGGAAUGGGCUGAUGAAGGUUUUGUUAAGGGGCAAAAACAUCUUCUGAAGACCAUCAAGAGAAAGAAGAAAUCAUCUCAGGAUGCACAUAGUGAUCUGCAGCCGGCCCCUGGCAAAACUGCACCUGGCACUGAGAAUAUUGAGAUAGGAAAAUAUGGAGGCCUUGAGAAGGAGGUUGAGACACUUAUGAGACUUAAGAGGGACAAGGCCCUUCUAAUGCAGGACUGUCAGAUGGAAGCACAACAGAACUGCAAAAGUCCUCAAUAUGGUACGUACUAA